AUCCUAUUUUACUAUAUUUGCAUUGUACAGCCUACUGUAAUCACUUGACAGUUCACAGCCAUCACCAUUCCCCCCUAGCGCACCAUUGUCGCACUACACGUUUCCCUUUCUCUCAUCAUGUAAGUGCUGCCCCCUGUACAACGGCUUGAACCCGGGCUGGUCCCUGACUGUACCGUGUGCUCGAAGGGAGAACUAUUUCGUUUACAUUUUUGGAUGAAAUCUCUUCUUGGAAUGGUUUACCUCCAGUGAAGGUUGAUGUUUCCUAGUCGGGAACCCCCAGGGUUGCUUUCAAGAUUGACCCCCGACAGCUUGCGGCCUCUGCCAAUCUCCUGAGCGAGCUCCGCCUGCCGCCGGACAAGACUGCCCACAAGCUUCCGCUGCGUCUGCCUGCGGCAAAGCCCAGCAACCUCCGCGAGGCCCUUGGCCAAUCGCCCGGGAGGAAGGACCUUGUCGCCAUGGACACGGAGUCCACCUACUCAGGGUACUCAUACUACUCUGGUCGCUCCCGGGGAUCCCACAGACACGGGGAACGCAGCCGCGACCACCACAAGUCACGCAGCAAGGAUGGCAGCCGCUCGGAGAAGUCUGUCACCAUCAACGCACCUCCAGCAGAACCACUGCUGGGAGACUCGUCUGUACUGGGGGAGGAGGUCCAGGAUGACAACUGGGGUGAGACCACCACGGCCGUCACGGGGACGUCGGAACACAGCCUGUCCCAGGAGGACAUUGUCCGGAUCACCAAGGACCUGGAGGACAGCGUGGGCCUGGACUGCCGGCGCUACUUUAGCCUGACCCUGGCUGUGGUUCUGGGCCUGCUGGUCUUCCUCACUCCCCUGGCCUUCCUAGCUCUCCCCCACCUCCUCUGGCCUGACAAGCUCCUGGUGUGCGGCACGGCCUGCGAGGGCCUCUUUAUUUCCGUGGCGUUUAAGCUGUUGAUACUGCUGUUGGCCGUGUGGGCGCUGUUCUUCCGGGCUCCGCGCGCCGGCCUGCCCCGGGUGUUUGUGUUCAGAGCGCUGCUGGCCGUGCUGGUGCUGCUGUUCGUCGUGUCCUACUGGCUGUUCUAUGGCGUAAGGAUACUGGACUCCCAGGAUGAGAACUACCAGGGCAUCGUGCAGUACGCUGUAUCUCUAGUGGACGCUCUGCUCUUCAUCCACUACCUGGCCAUCGUUCUGCUGGAGCUCAGGCAGCUGCAGCCCGCCUUCUCUGUCUGCGUCACGCGCUCCACCGACGGAGAGACACGCCACUACAACCUGGGCCAGCUCAGUAUUCAGCGGGCGGCAUUGGUCAUCAUAGAGAACUACUACAGGGACUUCUCUGUCCACAACCCGGCUCUGCUCACUGCCUCGAAGUCCCGGGCCGCCAAGCACCUGGCCGGCCUUAAGGUCUAUAAUGUGGAUGGUGAGUUCCCGGCAUCCCCCGCCACUGGCCCUGAGAACAACGCAGCGACCGGAUUGGCCCACUCCCAGUCUCGGGCUAUGAUUGCCGCUGCCGCCCGCCGCCGAGACACCAGUCACAACGAGCUGUACUACGAGGAGGCGGAGCACGAGAGACGCGUCCGUAAACGCAAGGCCCGACUGGUGGUGGCGGUAGAGGAGGCCUUCACACACAUCAAGCGCAUGCAGGAGGAGGAGCAGAAGAAAGCCCCCGGGGACGUAAUGGACCCCCGCGAGGCCGCCCAGGCCAUCUUCCCCUCCAUGGCCCGCUCCCUGCAGAAGUAUCUCCGCACCACCAGGCAGCAGCACUGCCACAGCAUGGAGAGCAUCCAGCAGCACCUGGCCUUCUGCAUCACCAACGACAUGACGCCCAAGGCCUUCCUGGAGAGUUACCUGACCCCCGGGCCCACCUUGCAGUAUGGCCGCGAGCGCUGGCUGGCCCGGCAGUGGACUCUGGUCAGCGAGGUGUCGGUCACCAGUGGCCUCAAGGAGGGCGCCAUCUUCCUCCUCAAGUGCAUAGACUUCAGCCUGGUGGUGACGGCCAAAAGGAUCCCCUGCAUCCAGCUUUCAGAGGAGUUCAUCGACCCCAAGUCGCACAAGUUCGUCCUGCGGCUACAGUCAGAGACCUCUGUGUAGAACUGGACAACUGUUUUUACCACCACACACCUUUUUUUUGUUGUUUUGUUUUCAAAAUGUUUUUAUUUUGGGUUUGCAGUUUUAUUUUUGGAUUUUUAUAUUAUAUAUGAAUAUAUAUGUUACACAUGUUGGAAUAUAUGAUCCUUUUUAUCUAUGGUUUACCUGGUUUGAGUUAAAAUUCAUCACACCGGUGAUGAAUUUGACUUGUCUUGCAUGCACACACAGAAGAUUGAACUGGACUCUGUGGAGAUGGAACUGUAGAUUAACAAUGUGUGCAGACAACUGCAUAUGUGUCAAUGUCUAUGAACACAAUCAGUUGUUCCACCUCUGAAAGACUGAUGCAGAGCUCAAGACAAGGAAUUGUUUUAAUUCCAUGACUCCAGACAGAAAGUGGAGACCGAAGGAGGGGGACAGCCAUUUUGACAUCUCACCGAGGAGUCAAAUGACACUACUGUUGCCAUGGACAUUCCUUCAUUCCCCCUCAGCCAAACCACUGCAGAUGGUGAACUGCCACUAUUUAACUUCUGGACAAAAUGUUUAUUUUAACACAACCGUCUCAGGCCUGUCUGCUGUUCUGAAACUAUAGCUACUUAAUUGUCUUCUUUUUUUUAAUGUUACAUGCACAUGUUCUCUACAUCUGUAUUUUGAUUAUGUAUAAACACAUUGUGAUAUAAUGGUGUUUUAAGUCUAUGCGUACUGGGUCAAUCUCCCUCCCAUUUCCUUAUAUGGGGCGGCAGGGUAGCCUAGUGGUUAGAGCGUUGGACUAGUAACCGGAAGGUUGUGAGUUCAAACCCCCGAGCUGACAAGGUACAAAUCUGUCGUUCUGCCCCUGAACAGGCAGUUAACCCACUGUUCCCAGGCCGUCAUUGAAAAUAAGAAUUUGUUCUUAACUGACUUGCCUGGUUAAAUAAAGGUAAAAUAAAUAAAAAUAAAAUAAAAUAAAUAUCCUGAUCUGUGGGUGUACAGAGCAAGACAUGAAUAUCGGUGGCAUUCAUUGUUAUUCUGAUAUAUUUUUUAAACAACCUUGUUUUAGCUGUUAUUGGUGAUGUUAAAUAGAAAUUCUAAUUCAAUGCCAAUUUAUACGAUUACCCCCCCCCCCCCAGGCUGAAGUCCUUCAAUCUCCAGGGGAUCUGUUAAAAAAAAUAUAUAUUUUUAGACCUCAAAGUGUGUACUGUAGUACGGAUUAUGCAUACAGCAGCACUUUCCCAGGCGCAAUGACGCAAAACAACAGCAUGUUAUACUGCAGUACAUCUCGUCCACAAGCCAGCUCUCUCUAUAACCAGGUUAUUCUGUACUAUACAGGACUAUGUUCUUUUAUAAGUACUACUGUCCACACGGGCUCAGAAUGGUCCAUCCAUAUCCCAAAUUAACUUAUGUAACAUGUUCAACAUACCAUUAUACACUCAUGGCUGGUUUGUAAAGCAGAGCUCUUCAAACGUAUUAGGAAUCCCAUAGGAUCCUGAUUGCUGAUGUAAGUCAAUAUUUACAGCUUCUGUAAUGGAUUUUGGAGAUGUGCUGCUGUCUCGUUCCACUCUUACAUUUCUCAUAGGAUGGUCCCACUUCCCAGCGUAGUCAUAUUUUGAUAACGUGUCCAUUAAGGACCCUGUAUUUGCUGAAACUUUAGAUACCUUUUUAUAAAGCUACACAUUCAUUCCCUGCAUAUCUCUUCUCAGGGUUCAGGCUUUCACUUAUAUCACGCUUACUUUGCCUGAUAGAGCACUCCGGGAGAGAAGAUACACAGACACAACUAAUGUAUGACACUGAUUUGGACCACAGCCUCAAUCUGCCUGUGUACCUUGUACACGGUACGCAGAACUCUAUUCAGAACCGUGCUUCUACACCUGCAUUGCUUGCUGCUUGGGGUUUUAGGCUGGGUUUCUGUACAGCACUUUGAGAUAUCAGCUGAUGUAAGAAGGGCUAUAUAAAUGCAUUUGAUUAUUCUGCAGCUAUUACCAUUGAAAGUCUAAGUGGUUAAUUAAGCUAAUCGCCUCUUGAGAUGGCGAGUAUGGUACUAGGGGGUGAAGAGGAGCCUCCCUUGUAACUCACCCGUCUGGUUCAUCUUCUAUUGCAAUGUUAUCAAGCGAGAUAUCAUGUUGCGCUGUGAAUCUGGGGACCUGAUAGCUUUGAGUCUGUUCCUUAUUUAAAAGGAUGAACAUAAAAAUCACUCAUGACAUCAGAAUCCUAUAUUCUCCCCAAGUGAAUGUGGGUGGCAGAUUGAGAUCCAUCCAGGAUUAAUUGUUUCAGAGGUGAUCAGGAUCCUAUCUACUUAAGAUCUCAUAAAUCCCCAUGUAGAAUGGACUUCCGGUUUGUUGAGGUCCUCCACAGUAUUACAGCUCUGCAUGUCAUUCAUGAAAACAAAACUGUCCGUGGGCGCCCCCUGGCAGACAAACCAGACGGUGUCAGACUUUGGUAUGGCAAGGGGUUACUGUUGGGUGCUGACACAUUCACAAACAAACGCAUGGUGCCGUGGCAGGUUAUACACAAACCAUUGUGAACCGUCAGCAUGUGGCUCAUAAAAGCCACUUGGAAAUGCAACUCUCUUUGUUUUCUCAGUCGUCAUGAAAACAAUUUGUUUAUACUUAUAGCACUGGGAGUCUUUUGUACCCAUAAUUGAUGGACUUUGUCUUUACACUGUAUGUAUUUAUGAAGCUAAGCGUGUGCAUCUGCCAUUCCCUUAUCACAUGCUCAGCCUUCCCUGUACUGACCGCAGAUUGACGUUUAUUGAGAUUAGUCUUGCCCUGGAGGCAGAACUGAGCGAUUUCCGCUAGAUGUGCCAGUGGCAAAGUCAAAUUGUCUGUAUGGCAAAAAUGAAUCAAAACAAAAAAAAUCGCUUUUUGUUCUUAAUUUAAGGUUAGUGUUAGCAGUGUGGUUAAGAUCAUGCCUUUGUGCCUGUGCCAGCUAGUGACCACUCUGUAGAGCUGCCUCCGGUACAGGAGUCAUCCCAAUAAAUGCUAACCUGGGUAUUGACCUCUGUCAUGGUUUGCUGGCCUGGUCACAGAUCUAUUUGUGCUGUUACUGCCAGGUUCUGCUAACCUGGCAGUAACUGAUCUGCGACCAGGCUAAAGGUUAGCCAGGUUGCACCCAUACUGUAGACCUCUGCUUUUUACUGACCUGACAACGCAUUGUAAUCAAUGUGUCAAUUUCACUAUACAACAUAGGCAUUUGUGUAAAAUAAACUUUUGUAUGAACAUGUA